GGCGGCCGGACAGAAUCCCUAACCCAACUCAAAUUGAUUCGAAGAACAAAUUUUAAAAGAGGAAUAAACGGAAUAAAUAAAUGGACUGUUCUCUUCUAGCCUCUCCUCCGCCACAUUCUCCUUCCAUUUCCCAGCACACCAAUUUUCCCGCGCUCUUUUCUCAGUUUCUGUCGCCGUCGUCGCACCGGAGAACACCGCGGCGAUUUUUCGCCGUAAUGGCGUUUUGCUCCUCCCAAGCUCCGGCGAUCACGUCUCGUACGGUUACCAUAUCCUAUAGCGAGCUCAAGGAUAAAAAUUCUGACUUGUCCGCUAAAAUUGAAGAAGGAUUUGGGCCGAACGGCCUUGGUAUACUCUCAGUUUCAGACGUUCCUGAGUAUACUUUACUGCGUAGAAAUCUACUUCUUCUUUCACAUAGAUUAGCCAACCCCCCUGAGAGUGUUAAACAGGAGCUGGAAGAUCCUGAUAGUAGGUAUAACUUCGGAUGGAGUCAUGGAAAAGAGAGACUUGAAUCUGGAAAACCAGAUACACUGAAAGGAUCCUUUUAUGCAAAUCCAGUGCUAGAUGUGCCAACAACUGAUCCAUCCCUUAUUAAACGAUAUCCAUCCUAUUGUGGACCAAAUAUAUGGCCUCAUACCAGUCUGCCAGAAUUUGAGAUUGCUUUUAAAGCGCUGGGGAAGAUGAUUCUUGAUGUUGGGUUGUUAUUGGCUCAUCACUGUGACAGCUAUGUAUCCCUCAGGACAACACCAACUGAAAAUGAUGGCCUUGAACAAAUUCUUUUUCAAUCUAGAUGUCAUAAAGGCAGGCUGCUUUACUAUUUCCCUUCCCAGCAAAGUAGUUGUUCCCAAGAUGAUGAAUCCAUGUCAUCUUGGUGUGGUUGGCAUACUGAUCAUGGUUCGCUAACAGGUCUUACAUGUGGCAUAUUUACAAGAAAUGCUGUAGAAAGGCCUUGCCCUGAUAUUGAUGCUGGCCUGUACAUAAAAACUCGUGCUGGUCAAAUAGUCAAAGUGGAAUUUGGAGAAGAUGAAAUAGCGUACCAAAUUGGUGAGAUAACCGAGAUAUUGUCAAGAGGUCAACUCUGUGCAACACCACAUUGUGUCCGGGCACCAAAAGGGAAGGAAGCAUCUGGUGUUGAUCGCUCAACAUUUGCACUGUUCAUGCAGCCAGAUUGGGACGAGAAGCUCAACUUCCGAGAUGUGGUACAUAUUCACAAGGAGCUGAUUGCCUCCUCCGAUGGCUCUUUGACUUUUGGAGAGUACACAGAAAAGCUGCUGGACGGGUACUAUCACCUCAAACAAAAAUAGCUGUAAAUGCUUAGGCCAGUCACAUAGUUUCAAUGGGGAGAGAGAGUAUACAACCUGGAUGCGCUAUAUAAAUGUACAUAAAUAAGGUAGUACAAAGCAAAACCAAACUAUCACAGGGUGCACAUCACAUCAUAUAAUCCCUUUGUACCCAAAACUGUACUCCUAUACAUUGCAUGUUUCAAAUUGACACUUGUACUUUUUUGUACUGUUUUAAUAAAGUCUGCAUCUUUCA